CGUUGGGCGAAGCGACCCGGGUUCCACCCCCCAGCAAGGAAGCGGGUCCAGCCACUCUGCUCAGCUCUGCCAGGCAGAGGGACAACGACCCCUGGUGUUCCCAGCCCUAGACCCAUGGCACCCCUUUCCCUGGAUGGCCUCCCCCCGAGUCCGAUCUCCCUCGCGCGGCCCCCGCGCGUCCUUCUUGGUUUCUGAGCCUGCUCUGAAAGUGAUGUAACGAGGCCGGGCUCGCGGCCGCUUUCCCUCUCCGCUCGCUAAGUCCUUCCUCCCUUCGGCGCUUGGGGCUGGGGCGCAGAGGCACCGCUUCCGAGCCCUAGGAACCGAUGGGCACAGCUGGGAGAGAUUCUCCCACGUCCCAGCUCCUAGAUGCGGAGUUAGUGAGGGAAACCAGGCUCUCCUCCCAGAGUCAAGGGAGAGAACCAAGGGGCAACUGCUGCCAAGAUUUCUGAAGAGACUCAGACUGUCUUCUUUCUCUAUCCCGAGGGGCGGCAGGAAAACUCAGAGGGAAGAUCUCUACUCCCUGGCCAGCAAGCACAGCCCACCCCCUGGAUGGAGUGAAAGAUGCGGCCUGAUGACAUUAAUCCGAGGACUGGGCUGGUGGUGGCUCUGGUCAGUGUCUUCCUGGUCUUUGGUUUCAUGUUCACAGUCUCUGGGAUGAAGGGGGAGACUCUGGGAAACAUCCCCCUCCUGGCCAUAGGGCCAGCCAUCUGCCUACCAGGCAUUGCAGCUAUAGCCCUAGCCAGGAAGACCGAAGGAUGCACCAAGUGGCCGGAGAAUGAGCUGCUCUGGGUCCGCAAACUGCCGUGCUUCCGGAAACCCAAGGACAAGGAGGUGGUGGAGCUGCUGAGGACCCCUUCAGACCUGGAAUCAGGCAAAGGAAGUUCAGAUGAGCUGGCUAAGAAGGCAGGCCUCAGAGGGAAGCCGCUCCCACAGGCGCAGAGUGAGUUGCCCCUGGCCAGCUCCAUCACCACCCACACACCCACAGAGGAAGGAGAAUGCCAGAGCCUUGUCCACAGUGGGCAUCAGGAGGAGACGUCCAGAUUCUUGGAUGGCUACUGUCCCUCAGGCAGUUCCCUCACCUACAGUGCCUUGGAUGCCAAGUGCUCAGCCUGGGACAGAUCUGAGUGCCCUGAGCCAGAGGACAGCAUCUUCUUUGUACCCCAGGACAGUAUCAUCGUUUGCUCCUACAAGCAGAACAGCCCCUAUGACAGAUACUGUUGUUACAUCAAUCAGAGCCAAGGCAAGUGGGACCAUGAGACAAUAGUCUAAGCUCUGCAUACGAGGGUUGCUGUGGAGUUCAUAGAAACACAACUACAUCCUGCUCCCAGUGGACGGCAAUUGCUCUCCUCUGGCAGCCUGCACAGUGUUGGAACUUGGUAUGGUAUGUGAUGGGUGUGCCAGCCUCCGGUGCCUGAAAGUCGUGUAAAUAGACAUGUUGGGGACACCUUUUAGGCAAGGGUGAUGACGAUUAAGGACACUGGAAAAGGCAAAGAGUAGGAAAGGAAGCAGCUCCAAUUGUUUUUUUAAACAAUUUAUAUAAUGUCAAAUGUCAUGUAAAAUAACCCAAAAAGUGUUAUUAGCACCUGUGGAAAGCAAGAUUAAUCUAGAGUGGGCUACAGAUCCUAGGAACCAAGUGACACAUGGGCUAUCCACAAGGAAACAGAGCUGCUUUAUGUCUGAAGAAAUCAGGAAAAAAAAUUUAGCGCUCCAUUAUAUGAAAUUAUUUUUUGUCUGGUGAAAAGCUCUUUACACUUGGUAACUACUGAAAGGAAAAAAAUUAAGAUAGAAUAGUUACGCCCUCAUUAGAUAGGAUGGUUUUUGGAGAAAGGUGAGUUUUCAAAAUUGAAUUGUAUAACUUUUCAA